AUGCGCAGGAGGGCAGGUGUCGCCGGCAGCCGAGGGCCGCCGGGAGCAUCGCGGCAGCUCCGCGUCCUCAUGGUGCUGUGUCAGGGCGGAGAGGGCGACGCUGCUCCGGCAGCGGGCGGGCAGGAGCCGGAGGUGCCGCCGGGCCGGGAGGACGGGCCGGGUGCGGUGCAGCCGUGCCCGGCGCCCGGCGUCGAGGCGGCGGGUGCCGAGGAGCGCCGCGCUUGUGGCUGCUGCUCGGGCAUGUCCUGGCCGUUCUGCUGCGAGGCACCUGGGGCAAAGAAGAAAGCUGCGUGCCCAGGACUUGGUCUGUUUUAUACCAUACUGUCUGCCUUCCUUUUCUCAGUGGCCUCUUUACUUCUUAAAAAAAUAGAAGACGUACAUUCAGUGGAAGUGAGUGCAUUUCGAUGUGUUUUCCAAAUGGCAUUUGUUCUUCCUGGUUUAAUAUACUACAAAACAGGGUUUUUGGGACCAAAAGGUAAAAGAAUUUUUCUUUUCUUCCGAGGAUUCCUUGGCUCUACUGCAAUGGUUCUUCUCUACUAUGCUUACCAAGUCAUGCCACUAGCUGAUGCCACUGUUAUAACUUUUACCAGUCCUGUUUUUACAUCAUUGCUGGCAUGGAUCUUUCUCAAAGAGAAAUACAGCCUUUGGGAUGUUCUGUUCACUCUCUUUGCAGUCACUGGAGUGAUUCUUAUUGCCAGACCACCAUUUCUGUUUGGCUCACGUGUUACAGGGAUUGAAGGAAGUUACUCAGAUCACCUUAAAGGAACUAUAGCAGCGAUUGCAAGCACGUUAUCUGCAGCUUCAACUAUUGUUAUACUAAGGAAGGUGGGAAAGUCUGUGCAUUAUUUUUUGUCAAUUUGGUAUUAUGCAGUCAUUGGAUUAAUUGGAUGUGUUAUAGCAUUGUUUGUUUUGAAUGAAUGGCGUUUACCACAUUGUGGUAGAGAUAGGGUUUUUCUAAUAUUAAUAGGCUUGUUAGGGUUGGGGGGUCAGAUAUUUCUCACAAAAGCAUUACAGAUAGAGAAAGCUGGACCUGUGUCAAUAAUGAGAACAAUGGAUGUGGUGUUUGCUUUUAUUUUACAAGUUCUUUUUCUCAAUCAUAUACCAACUUGGUGGACUGUGGGUGGUGCCCUUUGUGUAGUAGCCAGUAGUUCCGGAACCGCCAUUCGUAAGUGGAGACACAGUGUGAAAAAAGCUAAACAGAGGGAAAUCUGACAAUACAGACACCAAUUCACUACAGAAACAAGCAAUCUUGAAAGAAAUAUAAAUACAAUAUUUAUUUUUAUUUAUUUAAAUAUCCCAUUUACCAAAUUGUAGUACCAAAUUAUAUCCAGUAAAAUAAGUUGACUUUUUUUUAACCAAAAUCGAAGAUGUUUUAGCAACUGAUGAGGUAUAUACUUUCUUAUAUUUAGGCGUGCUAAUAUGGGCAGUAGAAAGAUACUUCAAAGAUGUUGCUUCCUUUCAGAAUUGUACAAUAUUUAUUUUCCUAAAGUUCCUGGCUCUCCACUUAGACUCUAUUUUUCAGAGCAGUGGAAAUAAGUCUCCCAGACUUAAUAAUAUUCUGUGCUUGAUUACCACAGGGAUUGCAGUACAAAAGUUGGAAGAGAAUUAAGAGUUGAUAAUCCUUAAACAACCAGCUCUUAUAGAAUAGAUAAAACUUGUACUUCUAUAAGCUUUCUAAUUAUUAUUUUGCACAAAGAGAUGCCAAAUGUGGAUUUAAUUCGGAUUCUAAAAAAACAAAAGCAAUUUCAUUUUUCCAAGUAAUAUCAAGAGAAAAUUAACUUGGGAAAAUUACCUAUCAGCUUUGCUUUUUAAAAAAAAGUAUUUUAAGUGUUUGCACUUACUUCACAGACAUAGUGAAAUAACCUAAUCACCUAUUUGUUUCACAAGUGAUUUUCCCUGUAAACAUAUCUUUAGUUGCUGUAGUCUCAGUGAUGAGAGACAACAGUUAAUUCUAUACCACACAUAAAUUAGCCCUUUCUUCUGGUAGGGACUGCUGCGCUGUAGCUGCACUUUUCUUUAUUCUAUGCAAAAGAUUAUAUAUUUUAGGUAUUUAAUAUAGGUUAUAUUUUAUGCUGCUUAUGACUCUUUUCAGAUCCUUCUAUACAAAAGUUCUUUAUGAGACCAAGUUUGAGUCUCCUUUGCCUUCAUAAACUUAGAAGGAUUUACAUUAAAGCUUUUGCCUGUUUCCUAAGAAUGUACAAGAGUGCAAUGUAAUUGCAGUUUCACAGAAAAUGCAGGCUGGCCAAGGUCAUACAGAGAUUCUACAGAAGAUAUUUGAGGAAAGCUUGGUGGAAGGGUGACACUAUGCAUACAAAUCACAUUCAGGCAUCCACACUGCAUCAGACAGUCCUAGUGGGCAACUUCAGUCCCACUUCUCAUGCUGGCCCUUUUGAAUCUGCAUUUAUCACUUCUCUUGCACAUCUUCUCAUUUUUGUAGGCUUUAUUUUGAAUGCAACAAAUACUAAAGAAAAAUAGUUUUAUUACUGAUCUUGGUGUCUUUCACAUUUCAGGAGGACUAAGUGUUUAGUAUUAGGAAGUGGAAUUUUCGCAGGUUGAAACUUUUGGGUCUUAUCUCAGUAAAGUUUAAAGAAAAUUUUUAUUGGAAUCUUUAUUUGGUCCUUUGUAUCUUGAGGAGGUUUUCAGUUACUUACUCAGUCUAAUGUUUUUCUAAAGAGAAUGCUGUCUUCUAUACAUUUGAUAGAUGUUUUUUUCUAAAUCACUAAAUGUGGUGGACUUUUUUUUGAUUUAUAGAUGUCUGGUCACAUGUCUUUUCCUUUGCCAGUUAGCGUUGCAUCCUGUCAGGGCAGAUCCAGGGACUUCAAUCCCAAAGGCAUGGAAAGCAAAUAGUACUUUAGGGUCAAAGCAUCAUAAUAUACUGAGUCAGAAAGGGCCUGUCAGAAUCAUUGAGUCCAACUCCUGGCCCUGCACAGGACACCCAAAGGGUCACACCACAUGCCUGAGAGCAUUAUCCAAAUGUUCCUUAAAUCAGAUAGGCUUGGUGCUGUGACUGCUUCCCUGGGGACCUUGUUCCAGUCCCCAGAUAUCCUCUGGAUGAGGAACCUCUUCCUAAUAUCCAGCUUAAACCUCCCCUGACUCAGCUUCAGGGCCUUUACUUGAGUUCUGUCACUGACUACAGGGAAAAGAGAUCAGCACCUGCCCCUCCACUUCCCCUUAUGAGGAUGCUGAAGACCUCAGUGAGGUGUCCCCUCAGUUUCUUCUUCUCCAGGGUGAACAGACCAAGUGACCUUAGCAACUCCUCAUAAAUCUUCCCCUGCAGACCCUUCACCAUCUUCAUGGCCCUACAUUAAGCUCUCUAAUAGCUUAAUGUUGUUUUACCUUAUGGCACCUAAAACUGCCCCCAGCACUCAGUGCAAGAUGCAGAGCAGAGUGGGACAGUCCCCUCCCUCACCCAGCUGGCCAUGCUGU